CUCAUUGAUGGAUCUUGUGUAUCCAAAACCAUCUCAAACUUGGCCAUAAUUCCUCACUCACCAUGGCCAAAACCAAAACCAUCUCAAAAUUCCUCUGUAUUUUCACAAUUCUCUUGUAUCUAACCACCGCCGCCCCAGCAAAACAUGACAAGUUAGGCAGACACUUAUCUCCAUCAAAACUGGGCCUCAAGACAGAAAAACUAAGCCAUCUCCAAUUCUACUUCCAUGACAUAGUCAGUGGAAGAAACCAAACUGCAGUGAAAGUUGCAGAGGCAGCAAUGACUAGAACCUCACCAACAUUUUUUGGUGCUAUGGUGAUUAUGGAUGACCCAUUGACUGCAUGUCCUGAUGUGAAGUCCAAACUGGUUGGAAGGGCGCAAGGGAUUUACGCCUUUGCCUCGCAACACGAAAUAGGGCUGUUGAUGGUGCUGAAUUUUGCUUUCAUGGAAGGCAAGUACAAUGGGAGUACACUCAGUGUGUUGGGUCGCAACACUGUGUUCUCUGCAGUUCGGGAGAUGCCGAUUCUUGGUGGGAGCGGGUUGUUCCGGUUCGCGCGAGGCUAUGCAGAGGCUAGAACUCAUGUCCUUAGAACAGGGGAUGCUGUUGUCAAAUAUGAUGUAUACGUCUUCCAUUAUUGAGAGGAGUUGUUUUUGUUGUUGAUUCUGACACUGAGUUUCAUUGUUUGGGUAGAUUUUGGAAGUUUGAUUAUAAUUGAUGGCAGUGAUGAAAUUGAGAUAGCUA